UCUCUCUCCUCGUUCCCUCACAGUCACAGUCAAAACAAUCUCAGAAAUUUUCAAGGGAUGGUGUUUCAUCCCUGUCCGUCUCUCCACGGCGAGGAAAGAGCCAUCAAGUCUUUUUUCGAUUUCGAAUGCUGUUGACUUAUAAACAUUAAAAUAACAGAGAUGAAAUCACCAGAAGCCAUCACAAUUCACAGUCGCAGUGAUUGGUGCUGGACAAGAAGAAAGAGGAAAAAUGCUAACUUGCAGAACUUGGUAAGAGUCGUAAGACCCUCUGGACCUCUCUCUCAUGUCCCUCCUUCAUUUCUUGAUUUUUCUCAUCACGUUGGGGUUAGGGUUUUCUGGGUUCGACUCUGGUGACGUUAUUGCGCUCGAAUCCCCACAUAGGAGGCUAGACGCAGACGCUCCCUGUCCUUUGAAUUUCGAUGCUUUACGCGAACUCGUUCAGGGUUCGAAUGGGAUCGUCCUUACCGAUGUCUCCGCCAAGUGUCGAUACGUUCUUCAAGGUCUACGUCUCGUUGAAUCUUUGUAUCUUCAAACUACUGGGUUCUUCCUUCCUCCGUUAAAUGCAUCUGAGUCAUGUUGGGAGUCAUACCAAUCCUUAAUAAGUGAAAUCAUCCCCAAUUUCGACAUUCUCUCCUCUUGCGGCUUCCAGAUCAGUUGGAUUUCGGAGGGUUGUAUGAAUAUUACGUCUCGUUCGCAGUUUGAAUCGAUAGUUCCUGAGUCCUCUUUGCUUGAAGUCGAGCAUUCCUGCAAGCAGUCCCUCGAAAAUGGAUCUCCCUGCGCUUCGUGCACCACAAGCCUGUCGAGCCUUCAGGCAGCUUACCUGCGUGGCUCUCAAGUAGGGAACGUCUCGGCCUGUACUGGAUACCCGUCAAUCUAUGCUGCCGGUAUCGUUAAUCGGUUUGGGCCGGCUGACAAAGGGACUGCCAUGUGUUUGUUCUCUCUAUAUUUCUCUUCCUCUGCUGCUUCGAGCAACAACAGUCCCAAGACUCUGAUUUCUGGGAUUGUGAUAGGCGGUAGUGUUGGCUUGCUGGGUAUAAUUGUGGCCUUUUGGUUUGUGAGGAGAAGGUAUAAGAAACGGAGGAGAAAGAGGAAGAUGUUUGUCAAAAUUCCUAGGACGAAUUCAUUUGAGGGGUUGGAAUUGAUUAGUGGGAGUACGACUCUUAUUAAGUUCACUUUCGAUGAAAUCAAACGGGCUACGAGGAAUUUUUCUAGGGAUAACAUUAUUGGUAAAGGAGGUUAUGGGAAUGUUUAUGAGGGAACUCUGCGGGAUGGGUCUGAGGCUGCAUUUAAGAGGUUUAAGAACUGCUCUCCUUCUGGGGAUGCCAGUUUCGCCCAUGAACUUGAGGUUAUUGCCAGUGUUAGGCAUGUAAACCUUAUUGCUCUCAGAGGAUACUGCACUGCCACUACUCCAUUCGAGGGUCACCAGAGGAUCAUUGUAUGCAAUUUGAUGCGCAAUGGAAGUCUCCAUGACCAUCUUUUUGGGUCAACAGAUAAUAGGCUUAGCUGGCCAAUCCGUAAGAAAAUUGCACUUGGAACGGCAAGAGGUUUGGCUUACUUGCAUUACGGGGCACAGCCAUCCAUCAUCCACAGGGAUAUUAAGGCUAGUAAUAUCCUAUUAGAUGAGAUGUUUGAACCCAAAUUGGCGGACUUUGGCUUCGCCAAGUAUAGACCGGAGGGGAUGACCCAUCUGAGCACCAGGGUGGCUGGGACACUGGGUUAUGUUGCCCCUGAGUAUGCUUUGUAUGGGCAAUUAACCGAGAGAAGUGAUGUUUACAGCUACGGGGUCGUGCUUCUUGAGCUUUUGAGUGGUAAGAAGGCAAUUGGUAGUGCUAAUGAUGGCCGUACCUCCCUUGUGGCUGAUUGGGCUUGGUCCCUGGUGAGAGAAGGGAGAGCUUUGGAUGUCAUUGAAGACGGCAUGCCUGAGUUGGGUGAUAAAGAAGUCAUGGAGAAGUACGUUCUGGUUGCUGUUCUUUCUUCUCAUCCGCAUUUAUAUGCUAGGCCAACUAUGGAUCAAAUUGUGAAGAUAUUGGAGACUGACCUGCCAGUUCCCUCAAUACCAGAUCGUCCUAUUCCUAUUGUAGCGGAGAUUGGUGCUAUCAAGAGCUCAGUGAGUGGUAGUGGCUCGGGUCAGCUGUCUAGUUCAGGUGGCUAUCAGGCCUUCCUCGCUGAGGGCAACAAUUCAAGUUCUGAGAAGAGGAAACCUCAUUACUGGAGAUCAAAACAACAGAGUAAGAUGAUCUGACAUGAAGUGAUCAUUACCAACUCUCCAAUAUUUGCUUGCUUCCAUCCCUGGUAUGCUUGUCCUGAUUUAUUUGUUGGUUUGUAGAUUAUUUGGUUCAUAAACAGGGCAUUAUGAGAAAUAGUGCAUAAGUUGUAGAUAUUUUCAUAGUUAAAGUUGCUAUGUUGUUCAUUAUAUUUAUUAACUAUUCAUUUAUUUAUUUUAUGAUUCAAUGUAUAUUCUAAACUUGGAAUCUUGAGGACUUACAGUUGUAAAAAUCUUAGUCUUGCAAUAUUAGUGAAGCAUGACAAUUCGUGAUAGAGCCGAUCAGAUCUCCUGGUAUGGACUAAUGGUUGCACAUGAAGUUUUAAUUAGUUGCUCUGUGAUGUAGGUUUUCCCUGGUUGAAUGAUAAAAAAAUAUAACUCAUUACUUGUUUCAUAUUACUUUCUCAACAAUAAUAGUUAUAAAAAUGCACUACCCAGUAUGAUUCAUCAUUUAUAUUUUCUGUCAGAAGGUUCUAGUAAAGGCAAAUCAAUUCGCUGUUUGUUUUAAUUUGAAGUGAAGAAAUGUGGCCUGUUUUUUCAUUGCAGUCCUAAUGGCCUUUAGGUGUGGGAGGAUCUCUAGGGCUGAUCCAGAGAUUAUGUGCUGAGAUCCUCAAGUUUAUCUGUGAGAAAAGAGGUCAUGUACACUCUACAGGUUGCGGGCAGUGCACUUUGUAUGUGAAAAACUUUGUUGUUUCUAUUAAGUACCAUAGGGCCUGGUCAUUGUUCCUGGAUGCUCUUGAUUUGUGGCUUUUUGGUGCCCGAGCGCAUAGUUGUAUCUCAAAUGACAUGUACUUUCAUCCAUUUUGCGUCGGUUAGUAUGUGUGGAUUUUUUGGUCUUCCAUUCUCUCCUAAAAAAAUCCUACAGGAAAUUGGUAUGGUGAAUUAUCUUUCUUUCCUGGUUCCUGGUAAGUUCUACCAUAUGGUCCAUACUGUAAUCUGUGGGAGAUGCCCUGAAGGCAAACUUUAAUCGCUAGGAUAUAUUUGUUUCUAUUUGUUUAACGAAUUAUGGGAAAGCAAACGGCAAGCUUACGAAUAUGUUUGAAAUCAUAUGGCCAGUCUGGCAUCUUGGAAAUUUCCAAGUCAAUCCUGCUACUCUGUUCCGAUCUCAGUCUCCCUGCAGGUGGUGUCAGUUUGGAGAACAAUUGCCGUGGUUUUUGAUGCGAAAUUCAUCACAGCCAAUGUCUUCUGGAUUCACUGGAAUUUUCUUUUUCACUGCUUGGUCACAAGCUUACUGUGCUUUGCAUGGAUAUUUCAUUGUAUGCAGCUCUGUUUGAUGGAAGAAUUGUGGAUAAUUUUUUGAAAUUCUGGGGUUUGGGUUCUGGUGAUUGUCAGAAUUCCAUGUUUACUUGUGCUGGCAGUCUUUUGGCAGUGUAAUUUGUGAACAGUUCCUAUUCCAUGACUAGUGCGGAGAACAUUGCCUUGUAAAGUCAUGGUAUGCGGGUAAGUUUUGCUGAAUUGUGACGUCUCAGAGCUUUCAAAUGUCUUAGAGAUUUUGUCAUGUUCCAUGACAAUUUCUUAUAACAGAUCUAUACACUCUCGCUAUGUGCUCAAGAACCCUUCUUUAUCAGGGAAGAGCAAAUAAUUGGAACAAAUGUUUUUGUCUGAUCCAGAUAAUUCAUUUGAAAGUGGGUUUGAUCUGCAAAGGAACAAAUUCCAGGAGAGGGGGACUUUACAGUUGACAGGGAAGAAAACUCAAGAAACCUCAACUGUUGAUGGAUUCAAGUAGGCAGAGGCAGAAUUAGUAGAUUGAAGCAGGUGCCUCAGCAUUUGGAGGAGAAUGUAAUUGGAAAACCAACUUUCCAACAAAAUGUUACAGUGCUUGGGCUCUCUUCAUCUGAUUUUUGUUAUUUCUGCUCUUUCAAAUGUUGACGCCGGUCGUGUGGACCAGAUAUUGCUGUCUUUACCAUUCUCUGAUGCAUUGAAUCUGAGAUCUAUCUUGAACGAUUUAAGUAUUCGGUUGGGCUUUAUUCGCAGCCGCCUUGACCAUUCUCAAAGACAAAUCUGGUAAGAGGACAGGUUGGUUUUUGAUCUUGUGGCACUGGAUUAUCUUCAAGUUACUGAAGUCAAAUUCUGAUGCCCUUUCCAGAGAUAUGAACGAAAACCCAUUUGAAGUCUUUGACUUCAUGACGGUAGGAGUUUUCCAGAAGCAAUUGCAAUCACAGAA